AUGCUGAGAACUUUUCAGUACCGUCAUUCGCGUAUUAGUCGAGCGCAUAACAGAGCGGCCUUUUUUUUGCUUAGCUCAAGGACCAUCAGCUCGUCAAACAACAAUGGGAGCUCAAAGGACGUGAAGACUGACUCAACACCUAACAGAACUGCAAAUUCUGAGUCUAAACCUGAUUCAAGACUGGCAUCUAACCGGACGUUUGGUAAGAACAAUAGGACGCCUGGAUUUUUGGUUCCAAAAGUUAAUUCUACAGAUCAUAUUCAACAAGACGAAGUUCACACAGAGGGCCUUUUCGCAGGCCACAGGCCGCUGUUUCUAGGUGAGCUUUCCGUGAAAACCGCAACUUCCUCCGGUAAUCUUGACGGAAUCUUCAGCACGAUAACCAAGAUCAAAAAGGUCACUGAUGAAACCAAGUCAUCAGAAAUCGACAUCCAAGGCAUCAUUAGCGAUCUGAAAUCCGACGACAUACAUGUCUCAUUUGAUAAGUCUGGAGCCGCCAAGAAACCUGUCAUUCCCUGGGAUGCCUCAAUAAGUGGAAUGGUAUACAAUGACGAGCCUUUUAAAGAUAUUCCUCGCACAGUUGUAGGUCGACUAAAACCAUUUAAACUAAUGCGAAUUGAAAGGAAAAAUAAAGGAACAAAGUUCAAGGCGCCAGAGUUAAUUAAAUUGAAGUUUCAUAAUUCAAAGAUUGACGACGAAGCUCAGCUUAUCGAUAUUAAUCAGAAAAAUCAUAAAAAGCUUACAAACGCAGAGUAUUGCGAUACCAUGACUAGAGCCCGACACGAAUAUCAUGCAAUCAUUAAGUCACUUUCGCAAUUUAAAUUCAUCAGGAGCGAUCAGCAUGUUUUCAAAACGGAUGUUGAUAAAUUGAACAAUUUGCUGGUCAAAGAGUUUCAUAAGACCGCCAAUCUUAGUAUCGACUCCGAGUUUUUGAGAAAUCAAUUGCCAUUCUACAUUUACAUCGAAAAGUCCUUGUCCUCCAAAUUGCUCUUCCAGCGCUUUUUGAAAAAACGUAUCUCUUAUCACAUCGAUCCUUUGCUAAAAUCUAUAUUAGGAUCCUAUGGCACUGAAGACCAAGCACAAAAGUUUGAAAAACGAAUUCGCUUGAAAGUAAACACCAUAACCCAAGACCUUUCAGAUUACCUUCCCUCCGUCUUCUUCACGGGAGAUGUUGUUGAUUGUGUUUCGCACGCCAGCCCUGUUUCAGGUUUCGGAAGAUUACACUGGCUCAAAAGUACUAAAAGACGAAAGAGUAUUUGGGGCAAAAACAUUGAGAACGAUUACGUUCUUAAUGUCAACGAAAACUACAGAAUGACAAGAAGCGGCGUUAAGUACAUGAAAUACCCAAUCAGUUUGCAUUGCAAGACCUUUCGUGAGGCUUUCACCGAAUGGGAAUAUUACACUUGA